AUGGGGGGCCACGCGUUUUCUUCUCGGGUUCCACCCAUCAAGACGCCUCGGAUGACUCAGGAAGUCUACGACGAAGCUCUGAAACUAAAUCAGGCAAUUCUGCGCAAAUUUUACUCCAAAGUUGAGAGUGCUAUUGAGGGACCUGGCAAAACCACGUAUGGGGAUGUUGACAUCCUUGUUGCAUUACCUUUGGAGGGCGCGUUUUCUUCUGAAGAUCGAGUCGGGGAUGAGCUCAAGAAAGCUUUGAAUGCCAAAGCCUUGUUGCAAGAAAAAGGCAAUCCUACCAUCAAUUUUGCGGUUCCUUGGCCAGAGCAUACUAUCACUGGUGCUAAGGAUGGAAAGAAUGUCACUGAAUCUACAGAUGUUUCGCUGGCGAGCUGGUACGUUCAAGUCGAUGUCCAUAUAUGCAAAAGCGAGCAUGAAUUUGAUUGGGAACUGUUUCAUUCUGCUCAUGGCGACCUAUGGAACAUCAUUGGCACCACGAUCAGAGGGUUUGGACUUACUAUCAACAAUCGCGCAUUUUUCAUUCGAAUCCCCGAAAUCGAGUUGGCAGACAGAAAGAAGAGCAUGGUAUUUCUGACUGACAAUCCGGCCGAGAUACUGGAAUUCUUAGGGCUGGAUCAAGAAAAAUGGUGGAAACGUUUCAAUACUCAGCAGGAAAUGUUUGAAUAUGCCGCAACUUGUCGAAUGUUCUUGGUCAGAGAUGUGGCCGAAGAUGAAGCGGAAGGAGAUGCCACUGGCAGUAUUGCCGGGAGAGGCCAAGAGGGCGGAGUAGAGGGAAAGAAAAGGCUAAAGCACAAUGAUCGUCAACGUCUGGCAAAACGACCUAUUUUUAGAGCUUGGGUUGAUGAAUUUAUCCCUAUAUGUCAAGAAGCAGGAAAGUAUAUCGAUACUAAAAUCACAAGAGAACAGAUCCGCGAUGAAGCUUUCAAGAAAUUUGGUGUCAAGGAGGAAUACGAAACCAGGCGACACGAUUGGAACCUUGCAAGACAUCUAGUGGAAGUGAUGAAUGACGGUAUCAAAGCUAAUAUUCCUGUUGACGGAGGUGAUAAUCAAACGAGGUCGGCAGCUACAAAAGUUCUGAAGGGUGUCAUCAUGGAAGGAGAACUAUACGAGGGGACUGUUCCUGAAGCUGCAAUUAGGGAUGAGAACGGAUUUUACAACAUUCAGUUGGUCAAACUCUUCGUGGUCAACAACUGGAGGAACGCGAUGAAAAUUGGAAUGGCAAGGCAGCGAGCCAAAGCCAGGGAAUCCAUGAAGGCGAAGGCUGAGAAGAAGGCACAGGUAGAGCGAGAUUCUAAGUUGUAUGAUGUAGUGUGA